AUGCUGAGUCAUUCUGCGGCGAUGAUACACACAAUCAGAACUUCUGAAGUGACACCCGUCUGCUCAGGGUCGACAAAUCCAGAUGCCAUGUCAGCAUGUCCCUGCCACCAAAUGCCUGCAAAUCACGGUGGAUUUCUCGCUGUUGCGUUGCAUUAUGCAGCAGUUUUCCCUAUCAUCAUCAGCCUACAGAGAGUAUCGCACACAAGCGCAGGCUCAGAGUCGGCGAUGUCGGCCUCUGUCCAGAACAAGGGAAGAUCGAUUGUUGGCGGGGGGGCGUUCGAUCGUUGCCACUUGGCAUCGAGGACAUCGACGAUUGACAGCCCCGCGUUAAUGGCGCACCUAUAAAGCCAGGUCAGUAGUGCAGGGGAAUCCCUCACCAAAAUUUCCUUUCUUCCCUUCUUCACUAUGUUCUCCUCUGCUUUUAUUUUUGCCCUCCUGCCAGCUGCGUUGGCCAUGCCUCAAUACGGCGGGUACGGAGGCUCGAAUGCCGAUGCUAGCGUCUCCGCUGCGGCACCUUCGUCCACCGCCUCUGCCGCCGGUCCCAUCCACACCAUCGACGUUGGUCUCGGUGGACUCGCGUUCUCGCCCUCGAACAUCUCCGCCGCCGUCGGCGACACGGUUGUCUUCGUCUUCCACGCGAAGAAUCAUACCGCCACGCAAUCGAGCUUUGCUUCUCCAUGCCAGCCCUUGGCUGCCGCAGCGGGUGCUCCGGCACCGUUCGACUCUGGCUUCAUGCCCGUUAAUGCUAGCUUGACGUCUGGCUUCCCAACCUACAACUACACUGUUGUAGACACUAAACCCGUAUGGGCGUACUGCAAGCAGGCCGGUCCCCCAGCCCACUGCGAGGCUGGUAUGGUCUUCUCCAUCAACGCCAAUGAGACCAGUGCCAACAACUUUGCUGCGUACCAGGCAAAGGCCAAGGGUGGAGCCUCUGCGACCAAUGCAUCCGCAUCUGCAUCAGGAUCCGCACCUGCUGCUUCGAAGACCGGCGGUGCCGCCGAAAACACGAAGCUCUCAGUCGCUGCCGUCCUCGGUGGUGUCGCUUUACUCGCUUCCCUUCUUUAAUCGUUCGUGGCUAUCGACUAGUACACGUCUGGAAUUACAUUAUCUUAGUCCGAUUCGAACAGGCCCAGAUCCUGGUUGCCAGUCAUCAGAAUAAUGAAACGCGAUCAUUCGAGACGCACUGACCUUGUCAACCAAUCUCCGAGCGAUGGGAUGAAACGAGUGUUUGUUGGCGGACCAGAUCUCCAUAGCCAUCUCGGGAUCAAUUCUGUGGACAGAUCGCAAGACGGGGCGACAGAACUUCAUGCGCCCUUUGAUCACACCAGUACCGUCUGCCCCAAUUACCCAAUUCGCAGCCGCCUUCACGUAGUACAAUGCAGCUUCUGGCGUCGCCGGCGACAGUGCCAAGCCGUAGAAACGUAAUCGAAUCUCGGCGUUCGGGGUCUCUGCCAGACCGUAGACAGUGCCGAUCUGGAUGAUGUGCUCCUUGGACAAGGGAGCAAGACCUUGGAGACGCUCCAGGAAAACAAUUUUCUGCGUCGAGCUGAAGCCUCCCAGGUCGGCUUGGACGAACUGCGACAGAUCGUCUGAUGCAGCCCAUCUGUCGGCUAAUGCGUAUGCAGCCUGGGCAAGCGUCUGAUCAAACGUGAGCUCGACGGGCAGUUUUGUUCCUUCGCCGUUGAGCCAGGCCUAGUGGAAAACUGUCAGCAUGAUGCUCAAGCAAGCCCGAACGACAUACAUCCCAGUCCACGGUGUCAAGCAAUUCGAUCUUGUCCCCUUGCUUCGCGAAAAAUCCGUAUAGGUGAUCCUUCCAUUGCUCAGUCGUGAUGCUGGAACCAAUAAAUGUGGACACGUAGUCCUUGACAUAUGGCAGAAAGACGUCCAAGCCGCCCAGCGUUUGUUCUGUCGACGGCUAUCAACCUGCUGAGCAAUGCGACGAGCUGUUUGAUCCCUCACCGAGAUGCAGAAGCAGUGUGGCCCCUUUAUCAUACGGGACGCGCGAGUAUGAGUCAUCUGGAUCUUCACCCCUCGUGAACGGAAUCACGAGUCGCUGGUAACGUGGUUGGUCUUGAUGGAGCUUGAGAUCGUCUGCGAGGGCUUUCGCGCCAAUGAUAUAUGAGAAGCCCCGUGCUGCCGGCGACUUAUGGAUGUAUUGCAGGAGCAAACGCUCCAUCCAGACUGUCCAGCCCUCAUUCAGCCAGAAAUGCGAAGCGUGCGCGUGUCUGAGAAAGCGGUGAGGUGCAGUGGGAAACAGGAGACAGGAGGACAGUCAUACGUCACUCCGUUGCCGAACCACGAAUGGGCAAGUUCGUGAGCGACAACAUCGACGAGUGUGCGGUCUCCGGCUAGGAGUGCUACAGAGCGGGAUUAGACGAGCGACAAAAGGGGGCCGAGUUUGCUUGCUCGGGGUCAGGAACGUAAGGCACGCGUUUUCCUGGGGAACAAUGAGGGUGGAUCAGGCGGGUAGACAAAGCAGACACACCAUUCCGCCAUAAGGAAAAGACGGCGGAAGGACAAGCAGAUCGAAAACACCAAAUUUGUAGGGCACCACAAUAUCCUCGGCGGUCGCGAUGAAUCUGCAAUGGCGUUCGGAAAGUGCCAGAUGUGGUUGCCAAUGGCUGUUACCCACUUGGCCGUGUGCUCACUGAAUUCCCAAAAAGACGCGUCCAUAAGUUCUGGCUCGGCCCAAACACCGCUGGUCCAUGCCCGUUCAGGCAGCGACGCAAAAGGGCGGUAGCGCACGUUGCCGCUGGCGAUGGCGAUCAGGUAGGAAGGAAUGGGUACGGGCUGAGUCAUAGUCAGUCAGCCGGCUAACACGGAGGAAAGGAUGCCAGGUGAAAGAUACCUGGCUGUAUCUGUAGGUCACAGCAUCCUCUCCGAUGACUUUUCCGUCAUGUGCUGGGCCGUCCGAUGGUGGAGAGACGCGGAUUGCAGAAAGAAGAACAGGCAGGACCGCAGUCACCUCGGCUGCAUAGGUCUUUUCAAGGAUUCAUAAACAAUUGGGUCGGGAAUCGAGUUUCGCGGCGUACAAUUUUCACCGAGGGCGUAUCCUGCACAGGAAGAAGUGCACGAGCGUAGAUGGGCUGACAUUGACUGAAGAGGGACAAGAUUCCAUAGCGAACAGAUAGCCCCGCACUCUGGAUCCAGCCAUUGCAGCGCUGUGUUUUCGGGCGACGUCUUGUAUGCGAUGGAGACCUCGAUUUUGGCACCCGGUCUCAAUCCAGAGGGGAGAAGAACGUGAAGCGCUGAGCCCAUCACCGAGUGCUUGGGUUUGAGGUUGUACUGAGACUCUGGAUCAUGCCCAUGUCGGACAAAAGAUGAGCUGGGCUCACAGUGGCGGAGUCUCCGUUGACUGCAACUUGAGAGAUCUCAAGAUCACUGGUAUCGAAGCUUCGAAGGAAUGGUGUUGGAUAAAUAUGUUUGCGGGUUUGCUCGAAAAAGCGCGCACAUUGCCUCCGAUACAUUGUCACCGAGCACAUUCAUGCGAUGUGUGACGGAACCAGCGAUAAUCUGGGUCUUGAAGUCUACAUUCCAGAAGAUCGAGACAUGUUCUGACGAGACGUCUUGGUAGUUGGACUCGGUGGUGGGGUCCAAAUCUGACAUGGUCGAGGUCAAGUGAGAAAGCGGGCUCAUCGAUCGGGUCAAAAGGCAGAUAAGAUGCGAUCAGUCUUCUCUUAGCAUGUGACGGCGCCUCGCUGACGUGGGGAUCAACACGUCAGCGCGUUGAAAACUUUUUCCCUCGUCGGCUUGUGACGUUCUUCCACUCCCUCUUCUUCCUCCUUCCACUUUCCCAAGUCUCUUCCCUUCUAAGUGGACAUCUUCCCCUCUCACUAUGCACCGCGUCUCAUCCACCUCGACUCGUUCCAUGCGUCGCGCGGCGGCCCGCGCUCAAGCUUCAUUGACGCGCGGAGCACACAAGGAGAUUAAGUUCUCCAACGACGGACGUGCGAGCAUCCUCAAGGGUGUUGACGUCCUGGCGAAUGCUGUGCAAGUGACGCUUGGCCCCAAAGGCCGAAACGUCAUCAUUGAACAGUCGUUCGGCGGGCCGAAGAUUACCAAGGACGGUGUCACCGUUGCGAAGGCUAUCACCCUCAAAGACAAGUUCGAGAACCUCGGUGCUCGUCUCGUGCAGGAUGUCGCUUCUAAGACGAACGAGAUUGCCGGUGACGGUACCACGACCGCCACGGUUCUUGCUCGUGCUAUCUAUUCUGAGGGUGUGAAGAACGUUGCCGCCGGCUGCAACCCAAUGGACCUGCGUCGCGGUGCCCAGGCUGCUGUGGAACGUGUCGUGCAAUUCCUCUCUUCGCAAACGAAGACGAUCACCACCACAGCAGAGAUUGCUCAGGUCGCAACUAUAUCUGCGAAUGGCGAUACCCACGUCGGCAACCUCAUCGCGCAGGCCAUGGAGAAGGUCGGUAAGGAGGGUGUCAUCACGGUGAAGGAGGGCCGCACGAUCGAGGACGAGAUUGAGAUUACGGAGGGAAUGCGGUUCGACCGUGGCUACAUCAGCCCGUACUUCAUUACGGAUGUGAAGGCCCAAAAGGUCGAGAUGGAGAAGCCCUUCAUCUUGCUCAGCGAGAAGAAGAUCUCCCUUCUGCAAGACUUGCUUCCCACUCUCGAGUUGGCUGCCCAAGCCCGUCGGCCGUUGGUGAUCAUUGCCGAAGAUCUCGACGGCGAGGCACUUGCUGCCUGCAUCCUCAACAAACUCCGCGGUCAGUUGCAGGUCGUUGCCGUUAAGGCCCCGGGCUUCGGCGACAACCGCAAGUCCAUCCUCGGCGACCUUGCCAUCCUUACCGGUGGAACUGUCUUCAGCGACGAGAUCGACGUCAAGCUCGAGCAUGCGACCGUUGAUAUGCUCGGAACCACCGGAAGCAUCACUAUCACAAAAGAGGACACCAUCGUACUCAACGGUGACGGCUCGAAGGACGCUAUCGCUGCUCGGUGCGAGCAGAUCCGGUCGCUCAUUGCUGAUGUGACAACGAGCGAAUUCGACCGCAGCAAGCUGCAGGAACGUCUGGCCAAGCUGUCGGGUGGAGUGGCUGUGAUCAAGGUCGGAGGGCACAGCGAGGUCGAGGUCGGUGAGAAGAAAGAUCGGUAUGAUGAUGCGCUGAACGCGACUCGUGCUGCCGUCGAGGAGGGAAUUCUUCCCGGAGGCGGUGUGGCCUUGCUCAAAGCCUCGAUGCUGCUGGCAACCUCAUCGCCUGGCGCGGCUUCUUCCGGCUCGGUCACGUCGCCGGACGCAAAACCGAUUGCUACAAGCAACUUCGACCAGGAGCUCGGUGUGGCUAUCGUUCGUCGGGCGAUCACUGCCCCUGCCCGGGCCAUCCUGGUCAACGCUGGGGAGGAGUCAAGUGUGAUCGUUGGUACUUUGAUGCAGCAAUAUGGGUCAGCUGAAAAGUUCUCUUGGGGCUACGACGCUAGCAAGGGGGAGUUCGUCGACAUGGUCAAAGCUGGUAUCGUCGAUCCAUUCAAGGUCGUGCGGACCGCCCUACUUGACGCUUCCGGUGUUGCCAGCUUAUUGACAACUAGCGAGUGCUCUAUUGUUGAUGCACCUGAGGAGGAUAAGCCAGCACCCGGCAUGGGUGGAAUGGGUGGAAUGGGCGGAAUGGGCGGAAUGGGUGGUUUCUAGACUAGAAACCAUGCCAUAGAGAAAAGUAUCACAUCUUAUCACGUCCUAUAGUCACUCGCAUAUCUUCACUGUCAUCUUCUGUUAUCUCAAUGCACAUCCCCACUCACUUGGAAUAGCGGUUCAACGCAUGCUUUCUAGCAGGUGCAGCUAACAUGGGCCCCCUGCUACUCCCUAGUAGGACACUUUUCAAGAUGGCACAACCAAAUUGGCUGUUAGAGCGUUGAUUUGCACUAUACUGGUGGAAAACAUUGGGGAUGGACAGUCGGAUUCGUAUUGCAUUUCUGAAUUACAUAGAGACCAAGAAAGUAAUCUAAUAGCGCAUAUGACCUCCAUUAGCCUCCAAUACAGCUGAUACACGGUCCUGCAUUGUGGCUGUGUACUUCUCAAUGUCCCUAUGCCACAAAUUUUCCCACUCCUCGAAAAUGGCCAAUUUGAGAGUUUCAAAAGAGGAUGGAAGGGGAUUACAGGCUUGAACUCUCUUCUUGAGCUCAUGCCAGCAAGGCGCAAUGGGGCUGGAGGAUGUGGGAAAAUGGGGAUCUUGCGCCUCUUGAGCCACUGUUGGGUUGACUUGGCUGUGUGGCAAGAUCACCCCAGAGACCUUCAGAUCCUUACAUAAACAUGCUUCCAGGCCCCCUCUAGAGGCCAUCAAACAACCCCCUGGAAGCAUUGAUCAGAGGCAAUCAGUGGAGGCACCUUCCUAAUUGGUAACUACUGGCUAUUCAUCCACCUGUGACAAUCAACACAGAAUACGAUCAAAAAGACAAGUCAAUUCCAAGACUGGAGAAUACAACACAAUAGCUACUGUAUUUAUACAAAGUCCAGUCUGAGUCUUAUCUACAUCAAACAAGUCAUCUGACUAUGUACCGUGUGGAGCCUUGGUCAUGGGUUGUAG